CCCCGAAAUCCCAAUUCUUUUUUCUUGAAAACCCUAGUUCGCGAUUCCUGAUUCCGUAAAAGACAAUCAGCAGAAAUCUCAUUUUCUUACAAGAAGCUAUGUCGAUGUCAAGUGUUCCAGAGGAGAUUCAACUUGAGAUAUUUAUGAAAUUACCAGCGAAUUCCAUCUUAGUCUGCAGGUGCGUAUGCAAGAUUUGGUAUAAUCUUCUCUGUAAUCCUAAAUUUGUCAAGAAUCAUCUGAUUCAUACAAAUCAAACCAUGAAACCUAGACUCAUCUUAAGUCAAACAGAUCGUUGGUCAAGUAAGAACCCUAUUGUUUACUCUAUUGAUUAUGAUUCAGUAUUGUCAUCAUCGUUAUCACUCUCGGUAUCAACAUUAUUAUCACUGUCAAUGCCAACAUCUGAUGAAUGUGCAUGUAUUGGAGCUGUUAGGAUGAAUUAUCCAUUUCAACACGAGAGUAUUUUUUCCUUUAGAGUUUUGGGUUCUUGUAAUGGCCUGAUUUGCGUAAGUAUGGAUCGUCGAAUUGGUAUGUACUUAUGUAUUUGGAAUCCAAUAACUGGUGAAUAUAAGGAUAUAUCACCACCCCAGUUUGAUGACCCAAUUCCUGGGGAAGCUUUUUAUAAAAUUAGAUAUGGAUUUGGCCAUGAUUGCGUUAUUGAUGAUUACAAAGUAGUGAGCAUUUGGGGUGAUGUAGAGUCUCCUGGUAAUUGUAAAAUGCAAGUAUAUACAUUGGGAUCGGAUUCUUGGAAUUACAUUAACAACGCCAUCCCUUACUAUUUUCCUCCUUCUACAACAUCUUGUGGUAUGCUUUUCCGUGGAGCUCUUCAUUGGAUUGCAGUCCCUGAAGUUAUUGUUUCUUUCAAUGUUAGCAAUGAUAGCCUCAUGGAGGUGCCUUUUCCAGAGGUAAUACCGCCCGAAUAUGGGGAAGAAUUGGAUACAGGUGUAGGUGUGUUGGGAGACUGCCUAAGCUUAUGCGUCGCUGUUGUUACGGAACACGUCCGAUUUGAUGUGUGGGUGAUGCAAGAAUAUGGAGUGAGAGAAUCUUGGGCUAAACAUUUUACCAUUACUGAUGACCAAGUAUCAGUAAGAGGGUCUACCUUCUUUAAGCCAAUCUGGUCUAUUGAAAAUGGUGAGAUUCUAAUAAAUACUGGACAGGGUUUAGUUUUAUAUGAUCAAACUAAUGGAAGAGUUAGAAAGGUGUACUUCCCUGCUACUGCUAUGAGAAGGAAUCUACAUGGUUUAGCGGAGAAAGUAGGGAGUUAUGUGGAAAGCAUAGUCCGGCUCGGAUCUGGUACUUAUGUGCCAAAAAUAACUGGAAAUCCAAAAAUGCAGAAGUCCAGUUAGAUCAUAAUUGAGGUUGCAUACACUCUGGUUUUGCUUUCAAUCGGGACUGAUUUGCAGUUUAGGAGCAUCUUUCUCUCUUGCUCUCGUUUGCAUCUCUUUCUUUAAGCUCUUCCAUAGAAUUACCACUGGAUUUGUAUAGUACCUGUUUAUUGAAAAUAGCAUGAGUUGGAUGAAAGUGUCUGAGUACGCAUCGCAUCUUUAUAUUUACAUCUGCCCUUAUAACAUUUUCUUUUUUGAAAUAAGAUCAGCAGAAUCCUCCCAACCUUUAGAGCAUCUAUAAAAAUAUGUAGACAUGUGAAACUUUCGUAUGUUGAUCAUACACGCACACGAGCACAAAAAUGCAAGAACAUUAAUAGAGUCAGAAUUAUCAUUAUUGCAAUCACUUGGAUUUCACAUAGAAUCAGUUUUGUGCAGUAAAUAAAGUAAUGCCUCGAGGUCAUUUGAAAAUUAGAUUCUGUAGCAUCCAUAUGUCUGUCCUUUUUUCUUCAUUCACUAAUUUUGCUUGUUUCUCGUAAUUAUAACUCAUUGAAUUAUUUUACAGAUAACCACGAUAGUUUUCGAGAAUCAUCCGAGUCCUCAUUGCUAAAGACAAUUAUCGCCAAGAAUGAAAAAUAUUCUCCCAUCUUCUUAGCUAUGGCAAUGUCAAGUCUUCCGGAAGAGAUUCAAGAUGAAAUCUUUAUGAAAUUACCGUCAAAUUCCAUCCGAAUCGGCAGGCACGUGUGCAAGAAAUGGUAUGCUGUACUUUCUGACCCUAAAAUUGUCGACAAUCCUAUCCAUAAGCUUCCUCCGAAGGUUAUGAUAGCGAUCUUCGGGAGAUUAUCAUGUGAUACUGUGGAACGUUGUUAUUGUGUAUGCAAGAACUGGCAUAAUCUGAUAAGAAACGAAUGGUCUAAAUUCCAUCCUUAUGCCAGAGUAAAAGAAGGGUAAAGCCCAUCAUUAAGGCACAGUAAAAUACAUCAUUCAUUCAAGAACGGUCCAACAGCUGAUUUUGCUUUUUAUGAUUAUAGUUAUGCAUAACCUCUUCCGGA